GAAAUGAUCGAGAGAGGCGUUGCGCAUGACGGCACACAGCCUAUAAAUAUGACUGCUCUGUGAAAUUUUACUCAAUUACAGUUUGGCGGACCACAUUACUGGUUGUGUUAAACGUACGGAACUAAUUCCAAUAAAAAAACCAAUUUUUUCCUGUUCUUUGCAAAGUAAAAAGAAACCCAAUUCAAAAUGCGUGAAUGUAUCUCAAUCCAUGUUGGACAAGCUGGCGUUCAAAUCGGAAACGCUUGCUGGGAGUUGUACUGUUUGGAACACGGAAUCCAGCCUGAUGGACAAAUGCCAUCAGACAAGACUGUCGGUGGUGGUGACGAUUCGUUCAACACCUUCUUCAGUGAAACUGGCGCCGGCAAACACGUUCCACGAGCUGUAUUCGUCGACUUGGAACCAACAGUCGUCGAUGAAGUUCGUACUGGAACCUACCGUCAAUUGUUCCAUCCAGAACAAUUGAUCACCGGAAAAGAAGAUGCCGCUAACAACUACGCCCGUGGUCAUUAUACCAUCGGAAAGGAAAUCGUUGACUUGGUCUUGGACAGAAUCCGUAAAUUAGCCGAUCAAUGUACUGGUCUUCAAGGUUUCUUGAUUUUCCACUCAUUCGGCGGUGGUACCGGAUCCGGAUUCACCUCACUUUUGAUGGAACGUUUAUCCGUUGACUAUGGCAAGAAAUCCAAAUUGGAAUUCGCUAUCUACCCAGCACCACAAGUUUCAACCGCUGUCGUUGAACCAUACAACUCCAUUUUGACCACCCAUACCACAUUGGAACAUUCUGACUGUGCUUUCAUGGUUGAUAACGAAGCUAUUUAUGACAUCUGCAGACGUAAUUUGGAUAUUGAACGACCAACAUAUACCAACUUGAAUCGAUUGAUCGGUCAAAUUGUAUCUUCAAUCACCGCAUCUCUCCGUUUCGAUGGUGCACUCAAUGUUGAUUUGACCGAAUUCCAGACCAAUUUGGUUCCAUACCCACGUAUUCAUUUCCCAUUGGUUACCUAUGCCCCAGUUAUCUCAGCUGAAAAAGCCUAUCACGAGCAAUUGUCUGUUGCUGAAAUCACCAAUGCCUGUUUCGAACCAGCUAAUCAAAUGGUUAAAUGUGACCCACGUCAUGGCAAAUACAUGGCCUGUUGUAUGUUGUACCGUGGUGACGUCGUUCCAAAGGACGUUAACGCUGCUAUUGCAACCAUCAAAACUAAGCGUACCAUCCAGUUCGUCGAUUGGUGUCCAACCGGUUUCAAGGUCGGCAUCAACUACCAACCACCAACUGUUGUUCCAGGCGGUGAUUUGGCUAAGGUUCAACGUGCCGUCUGCAUGUUGUCGAACACCACCGCCAUUGCUGAGGCUUGGGCUCGUCUCGAUCACAAAUUCGAUCUGAUGUACGCCAAACGUGCAUUCGUUCACUGGUAUGUCGGUGAAGGUAUGGAAGAAGGUGAAUUCUCCGAAGCCCGUGAGGAUUUGGCCGCUCUCGAAAAAGAUUACGAAGAAGUCGGCAUGGACUCCGGUGAGGGUGAAGGCGAAGGUGGCGAGGAAUAUUAAAUAUUCCGUUUUGCACGCUGUUCAGUUUCAUUCCUGAAUGUCAGAAAUUUGUCCUGUUCACUGGUUAAUUUAUGAAAAUAUUUGUAAAUUGAAAAUGAAGAAAAAAAAAAUCUUAGCAAAAGACAAGAAAGAAGCUAAAUUAAACAAGUUAAAUUUCUGAAAGACAAAAA